AUGGAUUUGAUUCCACCAUCUUACGAAUCGGCAACGGACCGUGAUGCCUGGACCAUUAUCGCCCACUACAUCCCUUCCAGCGACUUAUGCGCCGCUUCACUAGUUUGUCAUAAAUGGCAUGAAGUAUUUAUGCCAUUUCUAUGGGGUGAUCCUGCAUCACAUUUUGGCACUCAGAACGAUGCUGUCUACGAAAUCUAUGAUGGACCGCGACCGGGAUGGUUGAGAGAUAUCCUCGAGUAUCUGCCCUGUCUACAGUCACUUAUGGUAUCACGUCUUCCAUUCUUCGACCAUAACUGCAUGGUUGCGUUGAAGAGUCCGCAAAAGUCAAGUUACUACAAUGUUCGUCUUCUUGCAGCGGAUCAUGAGCCAAAUACGACCUCUGUGGGCUUAGCGGAAACUCUUCUGCGGUUUCCGCUGUUGACAUAUUUGGAUCUUUCGUACACAACUUCGGCACGAAACCAAAGCGUACUAUCAUCCUUAUCUCUGCUAGAAAAUCUCCAAGUACUGAAGCUCCGUGCGACUGGACUGAAGGAUGCCGACGCGGAAUUUCUAGCAAAUGCAAUUGGAAAGAGAGUUAGGUUUCUGGAUCUACGAAAUAACAUGCUCACAGACAUGGCUGUUCGUUCGUUACUGCAAGCGUCUUUUGUUACUUCAACAAAUGCCCAACAACAGGAGUUUCCGCAAUAUAUUCGACGUGCUGGACAUUGGCCUGACCCCGUUGCCCAGUCUGCUCUUCGGGGGUUGGGGUCGGAAUUCUUGAAAUCGCCACAUCUAGACGAACAAUAUGUGAAGUUCUUGACCAGUCCGGUGACAAGUCACCCUUGGGUUGAUUACUUACCGUAUUCUGGUAUCACUCAUCUCUAUAUAGCAGAUAAUAUGAUCAGCGUUGAGGGUGUGGCAGCUCUACUAGCCUCCUCUAAUCUCCACGCCCUUGACGCAGGGACAGUGAAGACAGCAGAUGGCAUCCACAAGCACACAUCCCCUCCAAGAGAUGGAAAGUAUCCUGGUGCCGAAAAGCUUGUACCCAUCCUGGGACAAUGUGCAGGAGACAAAUUGACCUACCUUCGAGCCAAUCAUGCGAUUCUCACCGCUGAGCCUCCAUCGAAAGAUGUCGGAAACACCUCCCAGUUUCUGCCAGAGCUAGAAACUAAGGAAACACCCCGAGAGGCGGAGCUUGAUGCAUCAGCAGAGGCCCAGAUUUACGAACUACCUGCGACAGAAGCGCCACUCUAUGAGUUGGCGGAUACAUCCACUGCCGAGUCAACAAGUUCAAUGGCUAGCAACGCUACGGUUAAAGAACAACCUGGACAUUAUCACGAUGAGCCCUUUUCAUCGGUCAGAAGGGGAUCAGCUUUCGCUCCGGAAGUUGUUCAAACUAUCAGACGGGGAUCAGCUUUUGCUCCAGAAGUUGUUCCAACCACAUCAAAUGCCAGCGGUUCUGUGGAUUCCAUCUUUUCCACACCUAUGAAUACUAGCAGUCCACAAACGUUACAAAAUCAUACAAGCUUGCAACUCUUCUCAACUGGCUUUAUCUGUGAGAGUCCGGGCGGUUUUAAUUCUGCUUCACCAUCCAGCGCAUCCUUUUUGUCGCCGUUUGGAUCAGACGAUCCUCGCGGGCAACGAAUCCAAGAACUACUGGCAAAACGACCACGCAAUCAAUCGCUACCUCUGCGUAGCGGCAAAGAAAGCCGAUAUCCCUACUUGCAUCCAUCGCACAUCCCACACUGUGAGACACUAGUCUUAACAAAUAUCCCAUCCCACGUACCACCCAACUCGCCAAUUUUAUACACUCUUACCCGGUUCAUCAGGGCCUGCUCCAACGAGGCUCUCCUUGCGACCCUCCAAGCAGGCUCAGAUUAUUCCCUUCCACCAGGUCAAGCCCGAUACCAAGCAGAGCAACAGCGAUCGCGAUCACUCUUCGGGCUUCGUCGCAUUAUCAUCGAAAUUAACGACACCUCAAGAACUAAGCUGACAUCAUGGAAACCCGCGAAUCAACGCAAUGGAAACAACACCUCUAGCACAGGAGAUCGCGAUUCUGAGGCUAUGUGGGCUUCUGCUACAGAUGAUUUUAGUUUCUUCGGAGAAGAAGAGUGUGGCAUUCCCGAGACUGAUCCGGGAAAGUACUUCCCAAUGGCAGCUCUGAAUGAGAAAAUCUGCCUCACGCCAUCAGAUGACGACUCAGCCCAUUCCGGUACCGACUUAAGUGAGGAUCUUUCGCAACAGAAAACAACAUAUACUGUAUCUGAAGCAACCCGCAAUAGUCAACCAGGGCAGUUACUACAGCAAGUGGAUCUCGUGGCGCAACUAGCUGCUUUCCGACGAGAAAAGAAGGGAGAGUAUGAGGCUCUUGUGACGCGCGAGAGAAAGCGACGAAGUACGUGUGGAACCGGGGUAUCCAGCAUUUUCUCGGCUUGUUCAGCCCAGGUCUCCAUGGCCCACUUUGUAGAGGGGUAUUGGAAAGGAGAAGUUAAAAUUGUUAGGAAUCCAACGCCUAAGGUCCGUAGUGGCGUUGUAGAUAUGUAUGGGAAUUAUUUCGAGAAGGGUUAUCUAUACCCAUAA